AUGGCACCUCAAAACGACCCAGAGCCAAUCCUCAUCUCGACGCAUGUGGACCCAGUGACGACCUCGACUCUCGAUCUUUCUCCAGCACACAAGCCACUCCAACAUCAAUGUUCGGCAGAGUGUCUUAGCCCAGACGCCCUCACACAGUUGACCGAAGUCUCCAAGAGACUGGAAAUUACAGCAUCUUCUAAAGUCUCUGAAAGUGAAACCAAAACCACGGGCACGGCUAUCCGCGAGCAAUGCAAAGAAUUCAAACUCUUCCCCAGAUUAGCUUCCGAACUCCGCUUGAUGAUCUGGACUGCUGCUAUGGGGGUCGAGCCACGCAUCGUCCUUCAGUACGCCCCUUACAAAACCAACAUAUUCUGGGGAAUGGACGCUUGCCCUAACUUGGCGCUGGGCAUCCCCGUGCUAUUUCAUAUAUGCAGCGAGGCCCGCGAGGUCGCCAUCAAAGGGUACGAGUUCAUCCAAGGACAUGAAACUUUCUCCUCGGAAGUGGAUAAAGUCAUCAAUGUCCGACGGUUUCCUCCCCCGCCAAUAAUCGCUGCAGCAGCGUCGUCGUCUCCUGCUGAUCUCAAGUGUUUGAGUGGUGCUUUAUCUAACCACCCGGCGGUAGAAGUUCCGUCCAAAUCCUCCGAGUCGGGACCGAGUAAUGCGGUGGCACCGAGUACGCCAGUUUCUGAAUAUAAAUGCUGGGACACCAAGGUUUUCCUUCCGCCAUUCUACUUCAACGUCGACCACGACAUCUUCGUCACGAUCGACUUCCACCAACCUCUGGAGGAUGGGUCCACCAUAGCGCUGGGUUUUCGACCCUUCCUCCCCCACCAGAUCCACAAGGAGAUGCGCUUCAUGGCCAUCACGCCGGCGUUCGGAGACUGGUUUGAAGUGGACGCGGCUGGGGUAUGGAAGAAGCUGCUCGAGGAAGAGGACCCGUCGAUAGACGUCUUAACUUCGAGAUUUCCGGCUCUGGAGACGCUGUACGUGAUCCACAAGGCAGGGAAGUUCUACACAGGCCGGCGCCCGACUCUGGUGGAGGAUCUAUCGGAUGGAGCUCUCACUGCGGCUUGGAAGACGGUGGUGGAGGAUGCUCGGAAAUUGAACGGUGGUUGGAAGCCUCCGCAGAUGAAGUUUGUGAGACUGGACUUUGUUUGA